CGGUAGUAGUCACAUGAUCUGGUACUUGGCAUUAUGGGAAACAACCAGAGCAGUGGCUGGUGGAUGAAUAGCGUUCAACGUCAACACCAUUUACUGUUGUGGGCUGAACAAGUAAUAAGACGCAGCUGGCUAUCAGACGGACUUAGACAACACGGUUAUCACUGUGCACCAGGAAGACAAGGUCCAUGUCCGGUGACUCUGCCGGUUGGGACGGGUUUCUAGGACUUUACACAGACAGCAGCUGACCGACUCGGUGGAGUAGCAACUCGCUGCUUUUACGAUCAAAUAGGACAGACGACUCGCAAAAGUUGGGAGUCUUGCACGGAUUUAUCGUUGGACCGUUUUCGUAUCGAUACGAAUAGUUGGCUUGAUCAGCCGUUUUUUUUUAGCAAUACCGUGACUUUCUGGUUUGUCGUCGUUUUGCCUCCGUUCUCCAGAUUAACGGCGACCGAUGCUUUUCAACGCACUGAUUGUUUCAUUUACGUUCGCCUUCGAUUCGAGGCGAUGUGGAAACGUUUUUCAUAAAUCAUUGGACUGGCAUGUCUCCCAAUUUGGUGAAUCCAAGAUCAAGAACUGUCAGACUGGACGGUCAUUCUUAUGACGGCAACCCAGAGGGAAGAAUUUCCUUCUGAAGCCUAUGGAAACAGUUCUCCUCUAUGCUGAAGAAUAGACAUGUGUCCCCAACACAGAAACCAUCGAUAACCUUCCUCCCUGUCAACACGUCACCCUAAUUACCUUUCUCAGUUGUCACUGUUUAUGAUCAGGCGUCGUCGUUUCUACAAGAUAAACGGUCAUAUUCAAGUUCACACCGCUCCAUCUUAAAUCUGGGCACAACCAGUCAGCGUGACUGUCCAUCUUCCUGAGACUCCGCUGUCGUGCCACCAUGUGGGGCGCAGGGUCGCCACCAUCCCUGCAGGUCGUCCUAAAGGUCCUUAAACACGCUGCGGUCAAAGGACAGAUCCAGCUGAACCGCUGGCUCCAGAGAUCCUCCCAGGACGAGUGCGAUAAAAUGGACCUCUUGAUAUGCAACGCCUUUGACGAGAGAGGAGGCGCCGUCGGCAAGUCUGAUGGAGACCCGGAGAGCAUCGUUGACACUGGCGUGUCAUUCACCGGUGGCGCCACCAACGGGGAGUUCAGACACCCGUGUUGUAUUACCACGUGUUGCUUCAAGAGUGCCCUCCUGGCAUGCAUUCUGACAGCUGUGUGCUUCUCCUCCGUGGCUCUAGUCCGACAGUACCUCAAGGACCUUCUUCUCUGGGUGGAGAGCUUGGACAGCCUGGUUGGAGCCUUGCUGUUCAUAGUGGGUCUGAUCGUUGUGUCCUUCCCAUUCGGCUGGGGCUACAUCGUGCUGAACGUGGCUGCGGGAUACCUCUACGGCUUCGUGCUGGGUAUGGGACUGGUGAUGGUGGGGGUGCUCAUAGGUACCUUCGUGGCUCACCUGGUGUGUAAGAGACUGUUGACGGACUGGGUGGUCAACAAGGUGGGGAACUCUGAACAGCUCAGUGCUGUAAUACGGGUGGUGGAGGGGGGAAGUGGACUCAAAGUGGUGGCCUUAGCGAGACUCACGCCCAUUCCCUUUGGACUCCAGAAUGCAGUGUUCUCAAUCACAGACGUGUCGUUGCCAAACUACCUGGUGGCGUCGUCAGUCGGCCUGCUGCCCACACAGCUCCUAAACUCCUACCUGGGCACCACGCUGCGCACCAUGGAGGACGUCAUCGCAGAACAGAGCAUCAGCGGAUACCUUGUCUUCAGUCUACAGAUCAUCAUCAGUAUAGGUCUGAUGUUCUACGUGGUCCAUCGGGCCCAGGUGGAGCUGAAUGCGGCCAUCGCUGCCUGUCAGAUGGAGCUGAAGACAUCACACAUGAACGGCACUUCCACCAAUCACAGCGGCUUCACGUACUGCAGCAAGAGGGCGUCGGCCGGGGGUGGGAUCAUCAACGUGGUCUGAUAAAUGUCUCAAAACCCUGAUUGGGACACGAGCGACUGGGAUCGAACUGAACACUGAUUGGCCAGUGUAGCAUUUGUGAUAUCUGAUAGGAGUGCCUUCCACGGUGACGAGUCUGGAGUGAGGAGGACCUGCCAAAUAGGGAUGCUGAUUGUGUGGAUCUAUAGGGCUUGUAGGUGCAGCUGAGGGGUGCCAGGUGUUUAGUAGUCAGGUACAGUGGUGUUCUCAUCACGGACUUACGCUUCCAACACACCGACAGCGCCAUUGCAUUUUGGUACACCAGAAUUACAUUCAUUUCCAAUGAAACGGCGUUGUGCAGCAUUGCGUUGCAGAGGCAGUUGCAGUUCGUUCUGUGUGGUGCAGAUGUUGGAUUUAUCGAAGGUACGUGUCAAACUGUAUGAGUAGACGGCUUGACAGGAUUUGGGGCAGAAGGUGAAUGUUAAACUUUGUUACACACAUAUCCAGAUGAUGCUGUCGGUGUGUUGGAAGAGUUAACCGGAGUUCUCUAUACAACACAGCUCACCAUUCAGAUCUCCGAUACCAAUGGCUUCUCUUCUACAGUGUGGGACCAGGGGCCAUUGGCUUCUCUUCUACAGUGUGGGAACAGGGGCCAUUGGCUUCUCUUCUACAUUGUGGGACCAGGGGCCAAUGGCUUCUCUUCUACAGUGUGGGACCAGGGGCCAAUGGCUUCUCUUCUACAGUGUGGGACCAGGGGCCAUUGGCUUCUCUUCUACAGUGUGGGACCAGGGGCCAUUGGCUUCUCUUCUACAGUGUGGGACCAGGGGCCAAUGGCUUCUCUUCUACAGUGUGGGACCAGGGGCCAUUGGCUUCUCUUCUACAGUGUGGGACCAGGGGCCAUUGGCUUCUCUUCUACAGUGUGGGACCAGGGGCCAUUGGCUUCUCUUCUACAGUGUGGGACCAGGGGCCAAUGGCUUUUCUUCUACAGUGUGGGACCAGGGGCCAUUGGCUUCUCUUCUACAGUGUGGGACCAGGGGCCAUUGGCUUCUCUUCUACAGUGUGGGACCAGGGGCCAAUGGCUUCUCUUCUACAGUGUGGGACCAGGGGCCAUUGGCUUCUCUUCUACAGUGUGGGACCAGGGGCCAUUGGCUUCUCUUCUACAUUGUGGGACCAGGGGCCAAUGGCUUCUCUUCUACAGUGUGGGACCAGGGGCCAAUGGCUUCUCUUCUACAGUGUGGGACCAGGGGCCAAUGGCUUCUCUUCUACAGUGUGGGACCAGGGGCCAAUGGCUUCUCUUCUAGAGUGUGGGACCAGGGGCCAAUGGCUUCUCUUCUACAGUGUGGGACCAGGGGCCAAUGGCUUCUCUUCUACAGUGUGGGACCAGGGGCCAUUGGCUUCUCUUCUACAGUGUGGGACCAGGGGCCAAUGGCUUCUCUUCUACAGUGUGGGACCAGGGGCCAUUGGCUUCUCUUCUACAGUGUGGGACCAGGGGCCAUUGCGUUGAACUCAUAAUGAUGAAAUAAAUAAAUGGUACAGCA